CCCUCACAGAUCUGAGUGUAAAUCUUCCCGCUACUAGUUCUCUAAUCUCAGGUCGGACCUGGAAAUUUUCGCGGGAAAAAGCUACAGUGAAACCCUCAGAAAUUGUUCUCCUUGUGAAGCUCAAAUGAACUCUCGCGAGCUCACUCUGGUCUCCACCGCCACCGUCUUCGGUGCCGUGGCCUCUGCUGUCGCUAUCCGCUUCUUCUUCACAAACCCUAAGAAGCAGUCCCCAAAACUCAGUUCCUCGCAAAACGGCGUCGUUUCCAGGAAAUUCUCUUCUCAGUGCCCUUUUGACCCCUCAAAACGCAAAGGGUAUUUGACAUGGGAUGAUUACUUUAUGGCAAUUGCGUUUUUAUCUGCUGAAAGAUCCAAAGACCCCAAGAGGCAGGUUGGAGCAUGCUUGGUGAGUCCAAAUGGUAUCAUUCUAGGGAUUGGCUAUAAUGGGUUCCCGAGGGGUUGUUCGGACGACAAGCUUCCUUGGGCAAAGAUGUCCAGAACUGGGGAUCCUUUAGAGACGAAAUAUCCUUAUGUUUGUCAUGCUGAAGUUAAUGCAAUCCUAAACACCAAUCAUGCUUCUGCUUCUGGACAGACGCUUUAUGUGACCAUGUUCCCCUGCAAUGAGUGUGCCAAGAUAAUCAUUCAGUCAGGAGUUUCUGAAGUUGUAUAUUUUGUGGAGAAGAGGUUAAACAAUCCAGAUAUCACGUAUAUUGCUUCUCACAAGCUACUAUCAAUGGCUGGUGUGAAAGUCAGGAAACAUCAACCACAAAUGAACCAAAUUGCAAUCAACUUUGAGGAGCCCUAAGAGUUUGAUCUUUAUCUUGA